AUGGAACCUUUGCUACUACCACUCGCUGCUGCAAUUCGCGAUGCGUCCCACCUCGAUUCUAACCUCUACACUCUACCGCACUACAUUCUUUGCUCGACUAAUGGACACUAUUCUGUCCCCGAUGGUGGUGACGCUCGUCAAACACGUGUCGCAGUGGCCUGCUUCAACGGGCACUCGCUGCCCUACGCUGCCCAUGACGUGCCGGGUGCCCAUCAACAGUGGGCUGGCACUGCACUCGAGCCUGCGGGUUGGGCUUGCGAGUGUAAGGGUGGUAUCACUCUACGAUACAGCUGUCAUGUCUACGCUCCGUGGUUGCAAAGCACGCUUGACCAACGCGAUCAACAAUUUGACGCGGCUGGUCAACUCGGCGAAUUCCAACUACCCAACCGUCUUCCAUUCGGACGCCCACCCGGCAGUACAGCUCCGCACCCUCCAGCGUCGAAUCGAGGACAUGGAAACGCUAAGAUCUCCAUUGAAAUAGCAUUGGAGACUUUCCAACAGCGCCAUGAACAUGCCAUAAGCUUUAUCGAAAACCAACCGAACGCCAUAGAGCUUAUGGAUGCCUUUGACAUCUACUGGCGCGAUCACAAAGGUGACGAAAUGGAACCAACCGCAACCGCUACCAUCUUUGCCCUAGACGAUCUUAUCCGCAAGGAAACCGAACUUGCGGAUAUGCUUCGCACCACCAUAAGCGCAUCCACCACACCACAAUAUAACCCUACCAACACCACUGAUGAGCCGAUGGAUGUCACAUCCAUCAGAAACCUACCCUGA